AUGAGCAAAGACGAUUCCCCGGACUUCGGCGAGGUGACAGGGGUGAGCGGCGGCGGCGGCGGCGACGGCGGAGCAGCCGCGCGCCUGCUGAUCCAGCACGGGGCGGACCCAUGGCUAGCCGACCGCCGGGGCGGCAACAAUGCGCUCCACAACGCCGCGCUGUACGGCGGCGCCGCGUGCGUGCGCGCCUGCCUGGAGGCGCGAGAGACCUACCCGCUGCUCCAAGGCGCACCCGCCCCGACAGCCGCGGAUCGGGAGGCCGGCGGCCCAGCCGGAGGCGGCCCCGCGGCGCCGGGGCGGCUGCGGCGCUGGCAGGAGCGGCGGCGGCGGAAGGGCGUGCGGCGGCAGCGGGAGAUGCGGCUGAAGGAGCAGCGGCGGCUGCGAGAGCAGCAGGGGCAGCCUGCCUUGCUGGAGUCCACCAACAUGUACGGCUUCACGGCGCUGCACCUGGCGGUCUGCAACAAAAACAUGGAUGCAGCAGCGGCCCUUAUUGAAGCCGGGGCCUCCUUGUCGGCUCGCACACGGCACCAAGCGCUGGUCGCGCGCAUGCUCGUCCCCCGCUUCAGCUCGCCGCUCCACGCCGCGGCCCGCGCGCCGGACGCGCGCCUCGCGACGCUGCUGCUCUCGGCGCACCUCCGGCGCGCGGGCGGCACCGGCGCCGCCGCCGCGGCGGACCCGCGGCGGGCGCGGAAUGCGGAGGGGCGGCUUCCGUGGCACGAAGCACGGGAUCAGGGCCUAUCGGGGGCCCUGUGUGAACUGCUUGACCCAUACGUGCCGCUGCGAGACGCGCUGCUGCACUCGCGGGUGGUAUCACCCGCUUACUGGGCGGGUGACGCCGCCGCGGGUGACGCCGCCACGGGUGACGCCGUCGCGUUUCGCUUCGUGUGCAGCCUGCAGGAGCUCGCGGCGGCGCAGCUGAAGCGGCAGCUGUUGGUUCAGGCGGCGAUCGCGAUCGCGUCCGAAGGCGGCUGUGCUGCAGCGGCAGCGCUAGCCGCCGGCAUCGGGCAGACGGACGCGCAGUCGUCCUCGCACCAGCAGCAGCAGCCGCAGCCUGCGCCGGGCGAGCUGAUGCAGCAAUUGUGCCCGCGCACGCUGGCGCUUGAGCACCAGGCAGAAGGCACUGCGAGCGGCGCCCCGGUCUGCGACGCGGCGCCCCGCUGCCAGGCACUCCCGCCGAAGCCGCAAGCUCAGGAAGCUGUCAGCGGCUCUGGCGGCGUCGCGGGGGCGCCGCGGCCACCAGACGGCGACGCUUGCUCGAUGUUCGAUGCUGUCCGGUCCUACGUGCUUUGCACCGCGCGGCACACAGCCCCAAACUGCAGCUGCUGCGUGGCAGACGCGACGCCGUCGCCGGCGUUGAGCUGCGGCUGCGCCGCGCUGGACGCCUGCGGCCGGUUGCAGGGGGAGGGAUGCAGUCCUGGGGACUCGGAGGCCCACGAGGCCCAGCUGCUUCGCCUCUUAGAUGAUGCCAAGGCGCUCCGCGAGCGCCAGGCGCGCGGCGCCGGCGUCGGCGGCGUCGGCGGCGGGAGGAGCGGCGGCUGCAGCGCCGCGCGCGAGGCCGAGGCGUGCGGCGUGUGCUUGGAGGAGCAGCCGGGCCUGCUGCUGCGGCUGCACCCGUGCGGGCACUCGCUGUGCGGGCGCUGCGGGGUGCUCCUUGUCCGGCUGAUUGCUGGCAAGCCCGCGCUGUGCCCCUACUGCCGCACUGUGAUCGCUGGGUUUGGGGUGCACCGGCAGGCUGACGGGGCCCAGGGCAUCGGGACUCCUCAGUAA